GGUUUCCUUGAAGCCAUGGAAAAGGGUUCCCUUGCUGGAUGCCCCGUUAAUGGUGUCCGCUACGUCCUUGAGGAUGGUGCUUUCCACGCUGUAGAUUCGUCUGAACUGGCAUUUAGGCUAGCAGCCAUUGGGUCAUUCCGUGAAGCGUACAAGAACGCGUCGCCCGUCAUCCUAGAGCCCAUUAUGACGGUAGAAAUCGUCGCGCCAGUCGAGUUCCAAGGCAAUAUUGUCGGCGGCAUUAAUCAGCGUCGUGGCACGAUCAUUGAUACCGAGGUUCGAGAUGACGAGUUCCAGCUAACUGCCGAAGUGAGUCUGAAUGACAUGUUUGGAUAUUCGAGCGCACUUCGCGGAGCCACUCAAGGAAAGGGCGAAUUCUCAAUGGAAUACAAGGACCACCAACCCGUGUUGCCACACGUUCAAAAAGAGAUGGUAGAGGCCUAUCGCAAAAAACUAGAGGGCAAAAAAUAG